GUCUGAUCGUGAGUUGAGUGUUGAUUCUCACGGCAGGCAGCACUGCGUGUGCACGUUAACUCAAGCGCAGGGCAACUUUGGAGUACUAAUUUAUUUUUUUUACACGUUUUCGUUUUUGUUGAACGUUGUUUGUUCUUUCCUAACCUAGAAUUGGGUUGUUUCGUGUUUGGCAAAGAUGCUGGACUUCUUCGCCAUCUUCAGUAAAGGGGGAAUCGUGUUGUGGUGUUUCCAGGGGGCCGGAGUCUCUGAAUCCUUUACCGGGCCUGUCAACGCUCUCAUCCGCUCCGUCAUCCUCCAGGAGAGGAGUGGGAAUAACUCUUUCAACCACAAUAGCAUCAGUCUUAAAUACAAGCUGGACAAUGAGUUUGAGCUUGUGUUUGUGGUGGGUUUUCAAAACAUCCUGACGCUGAAAUACGUGGAUAAGUUCAUAGAUGAUGUCCAGCUUCAGUUCAGAGAUCGAUACAAGAAUGAGCUGGGGCAGAGAGGUGCCCUAAAGUUUCUGCUCAAUAAUUUUGAGUUUGGAGAGGACUUCCACAAUCUUCUACGGGAGGCGGAGGACAGCAGCAAAGCCAAGGCCCCCGCCCCUAUGAAGAAUUUCACAGAGUCCCAGAAAUCCCAGAAAACUGUGAAGUCUUUGAUUGAGACGAAGGAUGGAGACAAAAGCAAGGAGCAAGGAGGCAAGAAAAGUAAAAAUGCCAAGAAGGAAGGAGGAGAUCAGACUAAAGCUGCUUCACAGACGGGCUCUAAAAAGACUGUGGAGAAUGGAGGUGACGGUCUGACCGCAGAGGAGAUUAUUGAGAGGAACCGUGCCAAGUUCAUCAGCAAGCAGUUGGGUGGGGGAAAACCAGAGAAGACCACCAGUAAGUCCCCUAAACCCCAGAAGCCAAAGGGGAAGGCCAAGCGGGUGUGGGAUAUGGGUGGGAGGAACACUGGAGAUCUGGACUACAGUGGAAGCAAUGGCAACAACUACAGUGACGCUCAGACACAAGACCAUGAGGCCUCAGCUGAACCGUUGAUCCAGGUGGAUUCAAUGAAAGGUGACCUGAGGGGUGUCGAUUAUGAGUCCUCAGAUGAGGAUGAGGAUGAGGAUGAAGAAGUGGAGGAGGAGAGAGUUGUGGUGCCAGACACUAACAAGAAAGGAGCUAAAAAGAGUGGUUUUGGGGGAAUGUUUGGGAUGCUGAAAGGCCUGGUGGGAUCUAAGAACCUGACUCAGGAGGACAUGGAGCCAGUUCUGGACAAGAUGAGGGACCACCUUAUUGCCAAGAAUGUAGCAGCUGAAAUAUCCUCCCAGCUCUGUGAGUCUGUGGCCAAGAAGCUGGAAGGCAAAGUCAUGGGCACUUUCACCACUGUGGCCUCUACAGUAAAGCAGGCUCUACAGGACUCUCUGGUGCAGAUCCUGCAGCCCAAGCGGCGUGUGGACAUCCUGAGGGACGUGCUGGACGCUCGAUCUCAGCGCAAACCCUUCGUCAUCACCUUCUGUGGGGUCAACGGCGUCGGCAAGUCCACCAACCUCGCCAAGAUCUCUUAUUGGCUGAUUGAGAACGGCUUCUCUGUGCUCAUCGCGGCGUGCGACACGUUCCGCGCGGGUGCGGUGGAGCAGCUGAGGACUCACCAGCGGCGUCUGAACGCUCUGCACCCGCCGGAGAAACACGCGGGACGCCCCGCCGUACAGCUCUUCGAGAAGGGUUACGGCAAGGACGCUGCUGGGAUCGCCAUGGAAGCCAUUGCCUUUGCUCGUAACCAGGGUUUUGAAGUGGUGUUGAUCGAUACAGCUGGCCGUAUGCAGGACAACACCCCUCUGAUGACGGCUCUGGCGAAGCUGAUCGCCGUCAACACCCCGGACCUGGUCCUGUUUGUGGGAGAAGCACUGGUGGGCAAUGAGGCUGUGGAUCAGCUGGUGAAAUUUAAUCAAGCCCUGGCUGAUCAUUCCAAGACUGACAAACCCAGGCUUAUCGAUGGCAUUGUUCUCACCAAGUUCGACACCAUCGAUGACAAGGUGGGCGCUGCCAUCUCCAUGACCUACAUCACGGGUCAGCCCAUCGUGUUUGUGGGCACCGGGCAGACGUACAGCGAUCUGCGCAGCCUCAACGCCAGGGCUGUGGUCAGCGCGCUCAUGAAGGCCUGAGCUA